AUGGCUCUUGGACACUACCCCCUUCGCUUGCCUAGCUACCGCUCCGCGCACGCUCGACGGUACCAUCCCUACCCGGCAGCGAGGCGCCACACGAACAACGAUGAGUUCUACAUGGACCCAGUGCCUGAUUUUGACUUCGAGGCGGCUGAGCACAUGCUGGAGGUGCCACCGACUCUGCAGUUGCAGCCCGUGCGACGCGACGACGAUGACGGUGACGUGACUGCAUUCGAGCUGGACGGCAGCGCCAAAAAGGACGCGCAGGAGGAAAACAAACCAGAAGAUCAUGGGAAGGUCGUGGUUGCUAGGGCGCGGGGUGACGGCGUCGAAGUGAAAAGCGCAAUGGCGCAGCCUUCUACUAGACUGAAAGCACUGUACACACUUUUCCUCUUCCUCCACUACGUCCGAGACAGCCUCACGAAAAGCAGAGCCAAAAGCUCUACGAAGACACUGCGCAAGUGA